AUGGACACCCGCGGCCCCUGGCUCCUGGCGAUGCUUCUCCUCCCAGGGCUGUGUGCCCUGGCCAGCGCCGAGAAGCCUUCUGCCUGCCGCUGCUCGAGGCUGGAGCCCAAGAACAGGAAGAACUGCGGCUACCCCGGCAUCACCAGUGAGCAGUGCUUCGAAGGCGGCUGCUGCUUCGACUCCAGCGUCCUCGGGGUCCCCUGGUGCUUCCACCCCCUCCCAGUGCAAGAUUCGGAGCAGUGUGUCAUGGAAGUCUCAGCUCGCAAGAACUGCGGCUACCCGGGCAUCAGCGCCGCAGACUGCGCCUCCCGGAACUGCUGCUUCUCCAACACCACCCCGCAGGUGCCCUGGUGUUUCUUCCCGCAAUCCGUGGAAGCCCCCAGCGGGGGGCUGUCCACCUCGGCCCCCGCCUGCAGCCUGCACGACCGCCGCUCCCUGACCACCGCGCGGCACUGCCCUGCAGGCGGCGCCUCGUCCCACGGGGAUUCCUGA